AUGUGCCCUGACAUAUUAGUAGUACAUAAAAUUUCUGACAAGUUCACACUUCAAGACAAAUUAGUACUGACUGACGUGGAACUUAGUACCUCAAAAGAAUUAGGAGAGCCAUGGGAAGAUUAUGAUGAUCCAAUAUUGGGGAUUCCUAUUAAAUUUUCAAACAUCGAAACAAAUAUAUCCAGUGUAAUGAAGAGCGAUAAUAAACUACCAUCCGAACCAGAUUACAAUCCAAUAUUAGGUGAACCUUAUGUAGAAUCGACAACAGAUUCAAUGAUUCAUCAAUUAUAUCUUUUAACUCAAGAUAAUAAUUUAAAGGAAUCAUUUUUUUUAAAUUGGGAUUAUCAUAAAGUUAUUCUUGAUAUUGGAUAUUAUUUACGGUCCCAUAAAUUUAAUGAUUUUGAUCGUCGUUAUUACAAUAGUAUUAACGAUUAUGAAAAUACGGGUAAUCGAUUAUAUAAAGAAUUUACAAAACCACCAUUGAGAUCAUUGCAUUGGGAAGUUUAUAAAUACUGCAAUGGAGGUUUCUUUCAAUGUCUUAAAUAUAUCGACAGUAUUGUUGAGAAAACAUCACCUAGACGUAUUGAUGAUACUACAUACGUAAUUAUUCAAAACAACUGGAAUACAGUAACUCAUAGCAAACAAAUCAAUAUAACAGACAAUGAAUGUAAAUCAGUUCAUGAUAAUUAUUCACCAUUUCAUGGACCUCUUGAACGUUUUCAAUGGCGAACAUCUAUUAGCUAUUACAUGUGUUGGUAUACAAUAAUAAAUAGACCAGAACUCGAGCACUUUAAUGAAUCUUGCGAUAAUUUUUCAAAUUGCCUUGAUGAGAAAUUUGGUACCAAUAAUAACGACCCAAGAGCUAAUGAUGACAUACCAUUUUCUUGUGCAUUUUACAGUUUUUGUCCUGAUCCUUGUUGUCCUUUAAAACAUGUACUAAACAUACAAGAUUGCGUUGAAAAUAAAUUCAAUCCAUGUUCAAUUAAUUCUCAAGAAUAUGGAAAUUGUUAUUUUCCUUUUAAUAAAAAUUAUAAUUUAAAUUCAUUAAUAAAAAAUGAAUUGAAUAUAACUUGUGACUGUAAAGAUCCGGGUUACGAAUGGUCUUCAAAAUUUGGAAUAUGCAUUGAUAUUGACGAAUGUUCAGAAAAACUUGAUAAUUGUUCACAUUCAUCUAAUACAGUUUGUAUUAAUUUACCAGGAAGUUUUUAUUGCGCUUGUCAGCUCGGUUAUACAUAUAAUAUAGAAACAGAAAGUUGUCAAGUGAAUUGGGAAUUCAAGAAAAUUUUAAUGCAACCAUCAUUAAUUAUUAGUUCGACUACAGAAAGUUUGUUUGAUAUCAUUGUUAACACUUUAACUAAAAAAAUUGAUAUUUGGUAG